CCCAAACAGUGAGGGGUGGGGAUGGGGCGGGCCCUGAGUUUUGAAAGACCAGCCAGCAGUUUUGGUGUGGUGCAGUGGGAGGUAGAGGCCCCAUGUCCACCAUGCUGAUCACACACAGUGAAGGGGGGGGGUUGUUUGUAGGCCCCUAGAGAUUUUCCCUGAGACCCAGCCCAAAGUGUCCAAGUCAGGACUCUCCUUUGGGGGUAUGGGGAGAGGAUUUGAUGUCCCUGUGAUGAAAUUUGGAAGAACAAGAAAGAGAAGGAGGGUCUAGUUUCCAUCUCCCAGGAAAAUCUUGCAAGGGUCAUAUUUGACACAUGAAUUCUUAUUCAGAGUAUCAUCAGGUGGGGUCUUUAAGGCCUUUAGUCUCUAAGAGAUGGCUGGCUGCCUGUCACCAAAUGAUAGAGUGUGGGUCACAGAAAUGGUGCUGGGCUGGCCCUGUGAACUGAAUCUGCGCACAACUGUGUAAUCGCUAGUUUGUCCUCACCUCUUGGAGCAGCCUCUGUGGAGGGGCUUAGGCUGGGGCCUGCAGCCUCUCCUGAGCAUGUUGAGGUUAUUAACUGUUGUAGCUGCUAUGCAGAUCUGUCCCAGUAGGCCUGUUAAUAGGGUGAGGGGUAAGUGCCUGUGAGGACCUGGAUGGUGGGAAGAGGAUAGGGGAAUGCUGUGUCCUACAGAAAUAUCUCCAGACCCCCCGCCCCCCAGACCCAGGCCUAAGCACUUGCAUUCCUUUGUUCCUGCAAACCAGUUCCAGUAAGGCAGAAAUCCCUUAGCCGUACCUGGGCGAUUACAGAGGCACCGAUUGAGCUCCUGCUUCUGCACAGCAGUGCAAGAGAGCAGUGAAGAAAAUGAGCCCUGUAAGGGUUACCCCUCAGAAGACACAGGACCCUACCUUCAAGGAGCGUAGAAUCUAACUGGAAAGUGUCCCUGCGUGAACAGUCAUUACAUGUUAGCAGUCACGGGGCUGUGCUGUCUGUGAUGGUGUUUUUGAGAAGAAUAAGAGAAGGGAUGAUUUCGGGGGAAUGGAUGGAGGGUGCAGAAUAGUAGAAAUGGUUUGUGAUGCUCCGCCUUCCACAGAGCCAACCUCUUUCAACAUACAGACCUCCCUCUUCCCUAGGUCCAAGGGCCUUAAAAAACCUGGAGCUAGAAAGCAGUAGACUGGAGGCUUCUGCAGACUGUAGGAUUCAAGGCUACGCAAACUCUUAGCAGUAAACGAAAAUGAGUAUUUUACCGAACUGCAAGUCAAAGAAGAAGCGUUAUAGGAGAGGACAGAAGGCGCCGGGAGCAGCAUUGAGAGAUGGCUGGAAGAGAAGAAAGGUUAUUUUGUGGCGGAAGAGCUGAGCAACACAAAACGGAAUCCACAUGUAGAAACGCACGGCCCUCAAACCCCGAAGCGGGUGGGUGGCGAAGACGAAGGGGUGCGAGGGCAGGGCCCUGCGCGCCCCAUUGUAGCGUGGGAGCCCCGGAGUCGUUCCGAGUCGGCUCCUAGGCAUCGGCUACCUUGCCCUUGACUGGCAGUGGACUGGGGUCUCGGCCUGUGCGAGGGCCCGUGUUAGGUUCCCUCAUUUGUAGCGCCUGCGGUCCUGAUUCUCAGGAACCCACCACCCCGGACUGGAGACGGUGCCCGCCGCGCCCCUCGGGCUGCAGCGCCGCGGCCCCCGCCCCGGGUGCCGGGCGUUGUCCACACGCGGCGGGCGGCCGGGCGUUCAACGAGGCACUUAGGCUCCCCGAGCCACAGUCGCGCUGGGUGUCAGGUGAAGACGGCUCCUGCUGUGCUGCCAACCCUCCAAGACACUUGCUGAGUCUCGAAGGCUGUAUGUGUGAAAGCAUCUUGCCAUUGGUAAAAACGACGCGAUACGAGGCUGGCCUGUGGUGAUUCUUGCCGCCCGAGGGACGCUGUCGAGGCCUUCCCGUCAGCGCCCGCGCCUGUGCGGUGCUUCCGGACGGGCUCGGGGCUGAAACGGCGAAGGCCGGGGGCGCGGCCGGCGCGGGCCGGCGCAGACGCCGCCUCCGGGCCGCCCGAGCAGGUCGCGAGCGCGGCGACCGUGGCCCCCAUGGCGACGGGGCCGACUUCCGCCCGGCGCCCCGCGACGCGCACCAUGGCAACCGGGUCGCCGCGCUGCCCGCACCCUGAGGGGACGCGGCCAUGUACAGCCAGCGGUUUGGCACGGUGCAGCGGGAGGUCAGGGGCCCCACUCCCAGAGUGGUGGUCGUGAGAGCCAAGCCUCCGAAAGGCCGAGUGGCAGAGCAGCGUCUGGAAAGAAUACAGCGGAGCCAUCAGGAGCAUCAUGCUGUUCUGGCUUCCAUCAGGUCAAAAGAUCGGGAUCGCUUGAAAGUUGAAUGGGAGCAGCACCAUGACCGCAGGUUUUGGGAUAGCCUGGUGCAGGCGAGAGUCAAGGAUGCCAUGCAGGGGUUCAUCCUCAACACUGAAGAGAGGCGAAAUAAGCUACGCGAACUUUUAGCAGCGGAAGAAAAUGAAUAUUUUGCUGAAAUGCAAAUGAAAGAAGAAACCAUUGAGGAGAAAAAAGAUAGAAUGAGAGAGAAGACCAGGUUGUUAAAAGAGAAGAAAGAAAAAGAGAGACAGGAUUUUGUGGCUGAAAAACUAGACCAGCAAUUCAGGCAGUGCUGUGACGAGCUCCGAGCCGAACUGGUCUGCGACCACCAGAAGCAGGUGUGCGAGGAGCGGAGGGCGCAGCUGGCCUUUAACGAGGAGCUGAAGCGGCAGCGGCUGGUGGAGGAGCAGAUGUUCUCGAAGCUCUGGGAGCAAGACCGCUUAGCCAAGGAGCAGCGAGAAGCCCAGGAGGCCCGGAGGCAGAGAGCGCUGGCGGACAACUUGCGCCUGGGGCUCCACGCCCAGGUCACGGGCAUCCGGGCGCAGAGGCAGGCGGCGCAGCUGCUGAAGGAGGAGGAGGCGCGCCUCGUGGACCAGGAGAGAGCACAGGUUAAACUCGAGAAUGAACAGGACAAGCUGAAGAAACAGAAGAAGAAACAGGAGACAAAGGCCAUUUUGCAAAAAGCGCUGGAAGAGAGGAUAGAGUACAUUCAGCAGGAAUACAGAGAGGAGCAGGACUUGGACAGGAAGCUGGUACAGAGAGCCCUUCAAGACUUACAGGAAGAGGAAGACAAGAAGAAGCAGAACAAAAAAGACACAGCCAGAGAACAGAAGCUGUAUCUUCAGUACAUCGCCCAGUGCCGUGAAGAAGAAGUAGCUCAGGAGAAAGAGCUGGACAGAAUAAUAGAGGAAGAGAAGGAAAAAAAGUUGGCCAAGAAGGACAAGGAGCUGAGACUCGAAAAGGAGGCGAGGAAGCAGCUCAUGGCGGAGGUCAUGUGUACACGGGAACUCCAAGUUCUAGAAAAGUUGCAGCGGAAAGCGAAGGAGCAGGAAGAGCUGGCUGUGGAGCGGGAGCGGAUAAACGCAGGGCUUAGAGAGCUGAACUGUGACGAGAAGGAGAGGUUUUCAAGACGCUACGGGAAAGCCCAGGAGUACAGGAAGCAACUUGAGAUGCAAAUAGCCUACCAGCAGCAGGCCCGAGAAGCAGAGAAGGAAGAGAGACGCCGAGAGUUCGAAGUGGGGCUCGCAGAAAACAAGGCCUGCAUGGACAAGAUCCAGGAGGUCCUGUCCACGCAUCGAGCGAUGCCCCGGAAAACGCACCCCAUGAGGAAGGCGUGCGCCAGUAAGCUCCCGCCAUAG